AGCAAUUCUCUUCAUGAAACACCAUAAUUAGCAGUUUUCUUCAUCUGAAAACCACCAUUUCAAAACCACCAUGCUUCUCCCAUAGCUCUCUUCUUCUUCUUCUUCUUCUUCUUCUUUUUCUUCUGCCCUUUCUCUCUCUUGUUAUUUCAUAUAUCUACAGCUUCUUGUCUAUCUCACAGACUCUUACACUCUUCACUCCCUUUCCCUCUAUAUCUCUAAACCAUCAUGAACUCAUAAUCAUCGUCAACGCCGUCAUCGUCUUCGCUUUCUCUCUCAGAUAUUAAGCAUGGCGUUUCACCACAAUCACCUGUCGCAGGAUCUUCCGCUCCACCACUUCACUGACCAGCAACAACAACCAAGCCAACAGCAACAGAGUCAGCAGCUGCCAGAAACAACUGCACCCAAUUGGUUAAACAGCGCGCUGCUCCGCUCCCAACAGACGCAGCCACCGCAAGCGCACACCCACUUUUCCGACCCUAACUUCCUCAACCUCCACACCACCACUACCGCUUCAGACUCCACGGCUGCCUCGCAGGCCCCCAACCAGUGGCUCUCCCGCUCCUCCUCCCUCCUCCACCGCAACCACAGCGACGUAAUCGACGACGUCACCGCCGCUGCAGGAGACUCUAUGAUCGCGGUCGAAUCUGCGGAUUUAAAGAACAGCAACAGCGAGACCAUGAACACCAACACCAACAAGAGCGAAGGCGUCGUAGUGGAAAGUGGAGCUCCCGGCGCCGGAGACGGAGCUCUUAAUUGGCAGAAUGCAAGAUACAAGGCGGAGAUAUUGGCGCACCCGUUGUACGAGCAGUUAUUAUCCGCACACGUAGCGUGCCUGAGGAUCGCCACGCCGGUGGAUCAGCUGCCGAGGAUCGACGCCCAGCUAGCUCAGUCCCAGCACGUGGUGGCUAAGUACUCCACCCUCGGCGGUGGGGCCCAGGUCAUGGUGGGAGAUGACAAGGAACUCGAUCCAUUCAUGACACAUUAUGUUCUGUUGCUAUGUUCUUUUAAAGAACAAUUGCAACAGCAUGUCCGGGUCCAUGCAAUGGAGGCAGUGAUGGCUUGCUGGGAAAUUGAGCAAUCCUUACAAAGCUUAACAGGAGUUUCUCCGGGUGAAGGUACAGGAGCAACAAUGUCUGAUGAUGAUGAUGAUCAAGUGGAUAGCGAUGCUAACUUGUUUGAUGGAAGCUUGGAAGGUGCAGAUAGCAUGGGAUUUGGCCCUCUUAUCCCCACGGAGAGUGAAAGGUCCUUAAUGGAGCGUGUGAGACAAGAAUUGAAACACGAACUGAAACAGGGUUACAAGGAGAAGAUUGUUGACAUUAGAGAGGAAAUUUUGCGCAAAAGAAGAGCUGGGAAACUUCCCGGUGACACAACAUCUGUCUUAAAGGCUUGGUGGCAGUCACAUUCCAAGUGGCCUUACCCAACCGAGGAAGAUAAAGCAAGAUUGGUCCAAGAAACAGGAUUGCAAUUAAAGCAGAUAAAUAAUUGGUUCAUCAACCAAAGGAAGAGGAACUGGCACAGUAAUCCCUCAACUUCAACGACCAUAAAGACUAAACGCAAAAGGUAUACAGAUUAAAUCGUCUUCUUGCUAAUUUAUCAUGGUAUAAAGAGCUUUGCACCAACCGUAAUUCGAAAAGAAGUAAUGCAGGUGAAAACAGCAGUGGUGAACGCUUUAUGUAAAUGGAAGAAAGUGAAGGACCAUUUCUGAGUGGACUACACUCCAAUUUCCCAGACAACGAAAAAUCCAACAUACUACAUAGGAUUACAGCAAUAUAAGGGUUUCAAGGAUUUGCUGUGGGGUUUGAGUAAGAAAGAAGUCAUAUUGCUUCUUCUCGGAAGACAUAUUGCUUCUACUACGGAAAGUUAAGGGCUAAUGCAUAGGAUGCUAUAAGGAACCGAUCUGUGCCAUUUUGCAGGUCUAGUUAGAGGCAUCAGGCACCCAACGGUGUUGUGUGGUAUAACACCGUGUUAUAUCCUUAGGAAGUUUAGGAAUUAUGUUAAUGUAAGUGAAUUUGAUAUAUUCCUAAAUGCAUUGGGCAGAUUUAUAUGAUUUUUGUUUCUCUUCAUAUAUGUGAAUAAGAAUAGUUCAGGGUUGUGGUGUAUAGUGUAAUAAUGUUGCAUGAUUCCUUACAGUUAUGGUAGUGAUAAUAGCUUCUUUUGUUCUGUAAUUUAUUGUGUCAAAUUUUAGCAGCUAUUGCAGGCAAGCAAAUAUAUAUAUAUAUAUAUAUAUUUGGCAAUGCUAUAGUUUAAUGUAAAAUUAUAAAUUUAUAAUUGUGGU